AUGCCUGCUGAUCAAGAUUCACUCUACGGGCAACCCCGUUCAAAAAAGAACAAAACUGAGCAAACCAGCUCAAGCCUCGCCUUUACCUCUCAGCUCUCUUCACUCAUUGCACAAAAUGCGACCUCCGCUCCGUCGCGUGGGCGCCAGCGUCCCUCCAAGAAUCCGAAGUCAGAUAUAUUCUCUAAGCACAACAAAGGCACUCAGAAGCGCGCAGCUGCCGAUCUCGCAGAUGACAACAGGGCCGUCAAGCAAGUCCACAGGAGUACCCAGGACAUAGGCUCCGUCGACGCCAAUACACUGGCUCGGUCUCGACGCCGCAUGCAGGAAAAAGUGCGCCUUUACGAUGAUAUGAAGAAGGGACUGCACUUUACCGGUGAUAGUGAUGAUGAUGACAUGCCAGUGGAUCCAUCCGACCCGGACGCCUACCUGGCCCGACUACGACGCAAGGAGAAAGAGGUAUUGGUAGAUUUCGAUCUCAAGCAUUCAAACGAGGAGCCUCUCAAGCAAGAAGAAUCCGAUAACGAUAAUGCAUCGAUAAUUUCCUACGAAGACGAUCUUGGCCGUUCUCGCCGUGGCACUCGCGCCGAAGCCGCCGAAGCCGCUCGCGCCAAGGAUGAAGAAGCAGGUGGCAGAGCUUCACAGGAACGCUGGCGCCCUACUCGCCCUGAAAAUUUGAUUUACGGAGAGGUUGUUCAGACUGAAGCCUUCAAUCCCGAUGCCAACAUUGCGUCACACAUGUCCCAUCUCGCUGCUCGUCGUGACCGCUCGCCUACCCCGCCAGAGAAGAAGCAUUACGAUGCCGAAGCAGAGAUUCGCAAUCGUGGAACUGGAUUCUAUAACUUUUCUACCGACGAGGAGGAGCGCAAGCAGCAGAUGGAGGAACUCCAGAUUCUGCGAGAAGGGACCUUGUUCAAGCGGAAAACGGACGAGGAACGGAUAGCCGAACGCAAGGCUCAUAUAGAGUGGCGACUCAAAGAAAUGAAGAGACUUAACGAGGAGAGGAAGGAGAGAUGGCGUCUGGAGGAUCUUGAAGCCGAACGCAACCCACCUAAGCCACAAACUACGCCUCCACCUAAACCAUCCCCCACAAAAUGGUUGUACCCUGAGUCAGACACCCCGUAUGACCGAACUAAAUGCCCACUGUGGCGCCGCUACAUGGUGAUGGUUUAUCCCGACCCAGACGAUAUCACUGACGCUGCAAAGGACAAGGACAAGGACACUUCCUAA